GUGCUGCUAUUACGACUGACAUCCCUGGCGAUGGCGGCCCAAUCCAACGAGCGGCGCGUCGUGGCCCACAUCCCUGGUGACGUCAUCAUCGGCGCCCUCUUUUCAGUGCACCACCAGCCUCCGGCCGACAAAGUGCAUGAGCGGAAAUGCGGGGCCGUUCGGGAGCAGUAUGGCAUCCAGCGUGUCGAGGCCAUGAUGCACACUCUGGACCGAAUCAACGCAGACCCAAAAAUCCUUCCCAACGUCACGCUCGGUUGUGAGAUUCGAGACUCCUGCUGGCAUUCUGCAGUUGCUCUGGAGCAGAGCAUCGAAUUCAUACGGGACUCGCUCGUCACUGCCGAUGAGAGCGAGGAGGCUGGAGGUGGGGGUGGGACCAAGUGUGCGGACCCAGGAGCCACGCCCAUGAAAGGGAAGAAGCCAAUCGUGGGGCUGAUUGGUCCAGGCUCGAGCUCAGUGGCAAUUCAAGUGCAGAAUUUGCUGCAGCUGUUUAAUAUUCCUCAGAUCGCGUAUUCAGCCACCAGCAUGGACCUCAGUGAUAAAUCACUUUUUAAAUACUUCAUGAGGGUUGUGCCAUCAGAUGCCCAGCAGGCCAGAGCGAUGGUGGACAUAGUAAAGUGGUACAACUGGACCUACGUAUCUGCCAUCCACACAGAGGGUAACUAUGGGGAGAGUGGGAUGGAGGCAUUUAAAGAGAUGGCAGCAAAGGAAGGGAUUUGUAUCGCUCACUCGGAUAAAAUCUGGAGUAAUGCCGGCGAGCAAAACUUUGACCGUCUGCUUGUGAAACUACGCAAAUAUCUGCCCAAAGCUCGCGUGGUGGCAUGUUUCUGUGAGGGCAUGACUGUACGAAACAUCCUCAUGGCCAUGAGACGAAAGAACCUCGUUGGAGAGUUCCUAUUGGUCGGCAGUGAUGGGUGGGCUGACCGUUAUGAUGUGACUGACGGGUACGUGCGAGAGGCAGCCGGCGGGAUAACAAUAAAGCUGCAGUCGGCAGAUGUGAAGUGGUUCGAUGACUAUUACCUGAAACUACGUCCAGACAAUAACCUGAGGAAUCCCUGGUUCCCCGAGUUCUGGCAGCACCGGUUCCACUGCAGGCUGAAGGGACACCCGCAAGAAAACAACAAAUACAAUCGAACCUGCAGCAAACGAGAUUCUCUACAGCAGCAGUACGCUCAGGACACCAAGAUGGGUUUCGUGAUUAAUGCGAUCUACAGUAUGGCCUACGGUCUUCAUAACAUGCAGAAGUCUCUCUGUCCUGGUAUGGUUGGACUGUGUGAUGCCAUGAGACCCAUCGAUGGUGCCAAACUCCUAGAUUUCCUCAUGAAAACCAACUUCACUGGAGUAACCGGAGAGAAUAUUUACUUUGACGAGAACGGAGAUUCACCUGGGAGUUACGUGAUCAUGAAUUUUAAGAAGAUGGGGAAAGAUUAUUUUGACUACACAAACGUGGGCAGCUGGGACAACAGUGGUCUACAAAUCAACGACAAUGAGAUCUGGCCCAACAAAGAUGACAUCAUCAGAUCAGUGUGCAGUGAGCCCUGUGACAAGGGUCAAAUUAAGGUGAUUCGUAAAGGAGAGGUCAGUUGCUGUUGGACGUGCACUCCCUGUAAAGAAAACGAGUUUGUUUUUGACGAGUACACGUGUCGAGCAUGUGAAAUGGGAUCCUGGCCCACCAAUGACCUCACUGGGUGUGACCCAAUCCCAGUGGAGUAUUUGCGGUGGGGUGACCCUGAGCCCAUAGCUGCUGUGGUCUUCGCCUGCUUGGGCCUAAUGGCCACAUUCUUCGUCACCUCCAUCUUCAUCAUCUACCGUGACACUCCUGUAGUAAAGUCGUCAAGUCGUGAAUUGUGUUACAUCAUCCUCGUGGGAAUCUGUCUCGGAUAUCUCUGCACAUUCUGUCUCAUCACCAAACCUCAAGUGAUCUACUGUUACCUGCAGCGUCUCGGCAUCGGCCUGUCACCCGCCAUGAGCUACUCCGCUCUCGUCACCAAGACCAAUCGCAUCGCUCGGAUUUUGGCCGGUAGCAAAAAGAAAAUCUGCACCAAGAAACCUCGAUUCAUGAGCGCUUGUGCGCAACUGGUCAUCGCGUUCCUUCUUAUUCUCCUGCAGCUGGGCAUCAUCGUUGCACUCUUCUUAAUGGAGCCUCCCGACGUUAUUCAUGAUUACCCUUCCAUCCGCGAGGUCAAUCUCAUUUGCAAUACCACAAACUUAGGUGUGGUGGCGCCUUUGGGCUACAACGGCCUCCUUAUCAUGAGCUGCACCUUCUACGCCUUCAAGACACGCAACGUUCCGGCGAAUUUUAACGAGGCGAAGUACAUCGCCUUCACCAUGUAUACCACCUGUAUUAUCUGGCUGGCAUUUGUACCAAUUUACUUUGGUUCGAACUACAAGACCAUCACCAUGUGCUUUUCCGUCAGUCUUAGUGCCACCGUGGCCCUGUGUUGCAUGUUUGUUCCGAAAGUGUACAUCAUCCUGGCUAAACCGGAGAGGAACGUCCGCAGUGCAUUUACUACAUCGACGGUGGUGCGCAUGCAUGUUGGAGACGGGAAAUCUUCGUCCGCUGCCAGCCGGUCGAGCAGCCUGGUCAACCUGUGGAAAAGACGAGGCUCGUCAGGAGAAACACUAAGCUCUAAUGGAAAGUCGGUGACUUGGGCGCAGAACGAGUGCAGUUCCAAAGGUACUCACCUGUGGCAGCGUCUCUCCUUCCACAUUAAGAAGCGUGAGAGCAACCAGACAGCCGUGAUCAAACCUUUCUCCAAAACCUCUGAAGGACGCUAUUGUGGAGGCACUGACAUCAACACAGACAACAGCAACAACAAGAUGCUCUAUGAGGUUUCGGAGGCAGAGGAGCGUUAUCCAAUGACUUACCAGCCUCAAACGCCCUCGCCAAUCAGCACCGUGACCCAGAGGGCAAGCAUGGCUUUAGCUGCGGCCGACGCCCAGGUCAUGAGCGUCUCGACGUACAUGUGCCAUCCUCCGCAACGCGGUAUAGUAUCGUGUGGUGGUGGAAGUGCAUCACAGGGUUCUUUGAUGGAGCAGAUUAGCUGUGUUGUGAACCGUUUCACCGCCAACAUCAGCGAGCUCAACAGCAUGAUGCUCUCCAGCUCGCCUCCAGGGGGCGCUGUAGGUCUGCCCACCAGCGCUUCCACGCACACUCAUGCGCAUGCAACCGCACUGGAACCCUGCUGCCCUCCGGGUUAUCGCCUCUCUCGAGAGGUAUCCAUGCCAACCACCAUGACCACCUACGCUGAGAUCCAACCGCUUCCACCAGUGGAGUCUAACGUGAGUCACCCGCCCCCGCCCCCUUCCUGUCCCCUCUCCGGUUCAUCGCGGCUCAAAUCCUCACCCACAACCAGCGGAAAGGAGCUAAAGGUGUGCGUGGGCUCAGCUUUGGAGUCCCAAUCCAAUCAGCCACAGUUUGAGGAACUGCUUUCGCUGACUCCGCCUUCCCCCUUCAGGGACUCCGUUGGGUCAGGAAGCGGCUCACCCAGUUCGCCCACAUUGGAUGCUGAUAUGACCCUUCCGCCCAUCCCGAAAUAUGAGUGCCUGGUGCUCCGACACUACAGCCAGAGUUCCUCCUCAUUAUGA